AUGGCAAAGGGGAAAGGGAAGAGUUACAAGAAGGAAUCCGCCAAGGCUGUGAAGGAUACUCCUACUGGAAAGAAAGAAAAGGCUCUCAAGAAGAAGGUUGAAGAAUCUAAUAUUGAAGACGAAAAGAAACAACAAGAAUCAGAGUCUUCUGGAGCUGAGCAAGAAGAAGAGUCCGAUAAUGAUUCCGAAAGCGACUCCGAUGAUGAGGAGCAUCUUGAUUUGAAUGCGCUCAAUGAAAGUGAAGGUGAUGAUGAUGAUGAGGAAGAUCUCUUGGAGGAGACCGGAAAAGAAGAAGAGGAAAAGGACGAAGAAGAAGAAGAAGAAGAAGAAGAAAAUGAAGAAGAAAAUGAAGAAGACGAUGUUCCACUCUCGGAAGCUGAAUUUGAUUCAGAUGCAGAUGUUGUUCCUCAUACCAAAUUGACCGUUAAUAAUAAGAUUGCACUCAAAAAUGCACUUGAAAGAAUACAAAUAAAUUGGAGCAAAUAUCAAUUCGAUGAAAGCCAAUCGAUAACAUAUCAUGCCAAAGUUGAAUCUGAGAUUAAAGACAUCUAUGACGAUACGGAAAGAGAAUUGGCGUUUUUCAAGCAAGGUUUAGAUGCGGCAACCGAAGGACGUAAGAAGCUUUUGGCAUUAAAGAUUCCAUUCUCAAGACCUUCCGAUUAUUUUGCUGAAAUGGUAAAAUCCGAUGAUCAUAUGGACAAAUUAAAGGCGAAGUUGGUUGCCGAAGCCACAGAAAAGAAGGCUAGGGAGGAAGCAAGAAGACAGAGGCAAUUAAAGAAGUUUGGUAAACAAGUUCAACAUGAGACCUUGCAACAAAGACAAAAGGAAAAGAGAGAAGCAUUGGACAAGAUCAAAUCCAUGAAGAAAAAGAGAAAGAACAACGAGAUGUCGGGAGCAGAUGAUGGCUUUGAUAUUGCGGUCGAAGAAGCUUCUAAAGUUGGUUCUGAGAAGCAGCGUGUAAAGAAACAAAAGAUUCGUCAAAAUGUUUCUCAAAACCGUAAUAAUUCAAGACCUGGUAAAAACAGAAGAAGAAACAAGAGAAAAUGA